UUUUCUAAUCGAUGACAUGGUCGGUUAAGAUGCGUGCGCGCGCGCGGGAGAAAGAGGAUCCGAAUCCAUCACCGACUCAUUGUUUCCUUUUAGGGUUUGCCUCUCCAAUCUCAACUGCGUUUGGCUCUGGUAACCGCCAUUGAAGAUCGAAGAUAACACGGAUCCGAAAAUGUCAAACAAGAAGAAGAACGAUGAUACGAUGGAUCUGGAAAUCUCGCCGGAGUUGAAGAAGGCGAAGAUGGAACUGAAAUCACCGCCGUAGAAGAAGGAGAAGGAGAUGAUCGAUCUGAUACUAUCGAAGAUGAAGAAGAGGGAUAAGAAGAACAAGAAGGAGGCUGUGUUGAUUGGAUUGAAUCACCCAGACUCCAAGAUCAACGACGCCAUUGAUAUCAAAGGCCAGUUACUGAGGAUGAAAGAUCAACUCAUCAAACUGCGAGGGUUUUCAGAGGAGAACAUCACUCUCUUCAUUGACGAUGAAGACGAAGCGAUCUACGUCAAGCCCACUGAGAUCAACAUACGCCUCAAGCUUUGCUCGCUGGUUGACACUGCUGAGCGAGGUGAUGUCCUCUUCGUCCAUCUCAUUGGCUAUGGCUGUUCUGAUGGAUUAAUUCUUACAUCUGAUAAACAACACAUCCCAGAUGGUUUUUUCAGGGCGAUUCUUAUGAUAGCAGUCAGACAGGGUUAUCAUCUGACAUUUGUAUCUGAUGCCUGAUUGAACCUGCUGCUAAGUGUACUUGUUCUGCUCAAAUUCCAUUAGAUGUCAAGAGUCAAGAGGAAAAAGACAAGGAAAUGACAGAGUUCUGGGAUAAUAUUGUAAAUAAUCCAGACGCCUUGGAUUCAUUUGCCACUGUGGACUUUCCUAAUUUGAACCAAACCAAGUUGUCGUAUGUCGAUAUCCUCAACCCCAAAGAGAAGAAAGCUAAAGAUAAUGGUUCUUCACGGGUAAUUCUGUUGAUGCCUUUCCGAGAUCAAAACGCCACCACCCAGGAAGAAGAAGAUUCCCUUGAUGAUCAUGCCUCUGAUGAUGAUUUCUCUUAUCAAAUCCCCACCAUCGAGGAAAACGAGUCCUUUGAGGAAGAUGAUUUUUUCUACUUCCCACCACCAAAGAAAACUUAUACCUAUGUUGAAAACACCACCACCAAGAAAGAAUAUUCAAUUGAUGUAUCUGAACUAUUCUUCCCCCCACCAAAGGGAACCACUACUCCUCAGCAAAAAUCAUAUGGGGGUUUUACCAAUACCAUACUCAAUGUAAUUGAUGACUGAUGGCAAAGUUACAAACUUGGAGCUUGCUCAAAAGGCUAUGAAAAUACUUGGAGAAAUACCUAGUAUUCGUUGCAGCCACCACAACCACGCUCAUGCUUCUUUUGUGUGCUGAUCAAUCUUAUGUUGGGAGACUUUUUGAAUCCAUGCAGUUCUUUUAUUUUUCACCAUAGUUUGAUUCAUGUUUCUUUAUGUUUAGUUUACUUUGCAUCCAACAAACUAUGAGAUUUGGAAUUGAAUUUGAAUUGUUUUCUGCUAUAUAAGUUUCAUAUCUGAAUUAUGUGUGCAUGUUCUAUUAUCUGCCUGUUGCAAAGUAUGAAUGAUCUUGAAGAUUAGUUUUCCUAAAUGUCUCAUUGGCGGAAUGUGAUACAUGUCUGGCGACUUGAUAUUAUAGGUGACAUGAUAUACUUAUAUGUUGAUUUCUCGUAUAAGAUCAAAUUUUCUCCUGAUUUGAUGACCGAUGAGAUUGAAAGGUUGCAUCUUCAUGAUCGGAAUUAAGAUAUCAAAAUAUAACUAAACAAGUGCUUGUUUACUAUUCAUGUCCUUAAACUAUAUAAGUCUUCCAUUAUCUCUUUGAAGCAAUGUCUUAGUCAUAUGGUAAGCAAUAGCAUUGAGAAUUGUUAACAGCUUAAUAGUUAUAACAGUAUUUCACUCACAAGUCAAUGGACUCAUAGGAACAGGUGAUAGCAAAUCAGAUGUAGAUUGUAUAAAAGUAUGUGUUUUUUCCUACUGUAAAGUCACAAUAUAAAAUUAGGAGCAUACUAAGUGCAAAAAGUCUGCUUUUCUGGGAUGCCAUAUUCUACAUCGAUUUUUUUAAAAUAAUUUUUACUUUAGCAUUUGGUAAUAGUGUUUAUUUUAAGCUUAAAGUGGUGUUGUUUACUGCUAGUUAAUUAUGUAUUUAACUGGGUGUUCUGUGUUACGGAUUGUGUUUUUCAGUUAUAAGUUUGGCAUAUUUGGCCAAGUAAUAUUUUUGCUGUGAUAAUUGUUAGUCUUCAAUAUUUUGCUGAAUUUGUUGGAUGGAUUUUGUGCAUGUAUUUGUGAGUUUGGACCUAACUUCGUUUCUUGUAGUUAUUCAUUUGAAGCCAUGAUUCAUAAUCAAAUUUGUUCUUCUAACAAAGUCUACUGAUUUAGCUUCUUAGCAUGACUUCAUAUAAUUGAUUUAGAAGUUGGAAAUUCUACUUCUAAAUUGUGAGCAUGGACGUUUUCAAAUUUACAAAAUAGGUUGGGUGGAUGAUUAUGAUUUAUUUUUUUGGGGGAAAGGAAAAGCAUUUUAUUCUCAAAGAAAUCUGAGAACCGUCCUUUAAGAUGAGAUUUAGAUGAAACAAAUUCAUUCAAUCCCAAAGACAUCAUAUAAUGAUAGAGGAUCUCAAUCCCCAAGAUAGGCACCAAUUGCAUAUUGGACCAAAGAAUUCAUUGCUACAUUUACAGCUUCUUCUAUAAUGACUUCUUUACUUGGUCCUCUAGAAUAGGACAGACCAAUGACGAAGAUGAAGAUCCAUGAAUGCCAAUAUCUAAGCUCGGCCCCAAAUGGUAUGUAUCUUCGUGUAGGAUAGGGACUGUGUUGUAAUAUCUUCUGCACAAUGAACAGAGGCUUAUUGUUGCUCCAA